AAAGGGAGAACGAUUAGUCAAGUGUAUCAAGCGCUUCAUGCACUCAGACGGGCACGCUACUUUCAUUUUCACAUUUCUGGCUGUUGCAAGUGAUGUGGAUCGCAGUGUAACUUUCCAGGUGAGAAGAUAUAUUGAAAACACAGAAAUCCAAAUAUGGAAGGUGGCCAAGUCCAUGACUCAGUGAAGGACUACUACGGAAAGCAACUUAAGACGGUAGAUGAUCUGAAGACCCAGGCCUGUGUUACGGUCGGGAAAUCGGUGACCAAACCAGUCAGAGAAGCAGUGGCUGCUGUACAUGAUGAAGUGGUGUCUAAGUACUAUGGAUGUGGACUUGUGAUACCAGAGAAACUGGAGGGAAUGAAGAUUUUAGAUCUGGGGAGUGGAAGUGGGCGGGACUGUUUUGCUCUCAGUAAGCUGGUUGGUCCAAAUGGUCAUGUGACUGGCAUUGACAUGACAGAUGAGCAGAUAGCUGUUGCUCGCAAAUACAUAGACUACCACAGAGAGAAGUUUGGAUAUAAAGAGGCCAACACAGACUUUGUUCAGGGCUACAUUGAGAAGCUGAGAGAAGCCGGGCUGAAGGAAAACUACUAUGACAUCAUCAUAUCAAACUGUGUGAUUAAUCUCUCACCAGACAAAAGAUCAGUACUUAAGGAGGCUUACAGUGUCUUAAAGGAGGGAGGGGAGUUUUAUUUCAGUGAUAUUUAUGCUGACAGAGAGCUGGAAGAUUCAGUCAGAAAAGAUGAAGUCCUCUGGGGUGAGUGUAUUUCUGGAGCCCUGUACUGGAAGGAACUGUUCACCCUGGCAUCAGAAGUCGGCUUCAGUAGACCGUUUCUUGUGACAGCAGCUCCUGUCCCCAUAGACAGAGAAGACUUCAAAAAGAUCUUAGGCGAUGCUCGUUUUGUGUCUGUGACAUACAGACUUUUUAAACUCCCUCCCAAUGCAAUGGUAGAACCAACUGAAGUCAUUUACAAUGGGGAAAUCCCAGGUUAUGAGGCCGAAUUCAAGUUUGAUCAUCAACACAUAUUUAAGAAAGAUGAAGUUGUCAUGGUAACUGGUGCCGUUGCUGCGUCCCUUAAAUGCUCCCGUUUCUCAGACGAGUUUGAAUAUCAACCAGUCCCGAAAAAAUCCUGUGGCACAGAUAGCAAUGGCAGUGUCUGUAACAAACUGGAUUUUGAGGAUCCAUUUGAAUAUCUGGAAAACUUGGCAAAAAAAGGUCAAAAAGUCGAGGCCUCGUGUUGUGCUGGAUCUACCAAGUGUUGCUGAGAUGUUUUAAAAAACUUUCAAUAGACAUGUAGAAUG